AUGAUGGCGGGUUGCUGAUGACGGCUGAUGUUGGUGAAUCUGUCAAAUUACCAGCCCAUAGCAAAUGUAGAUGACAGAGACUUCGCUCCGACCCUCAAUAAUGCAACAGGGUGAGAUGGGAUACCAUAUAUUAGGUUUGGAUGAACCCCCUCCCUCGGCACCCUCCUCAUGGCUGAUAUCCACCCUUGUUGUACGGUGAGGGUCACCUUGGUAUAAUGUCUGAAGGAAUCAAUAUGAAAGGCUAGUGGCUUCAUCAAUCCGUAGGUUGGUAAAGUCGCUGCCAUGGAGUGGCAUAACUGGUAUGUGAGGCAGCGACACAAGAGGGAGGGGCUUAUCCCUCCCAGUGUCACAUGGGACAGGCUGCCCAGUUUCUACGACAGACUUACGGAACUUGCCCAACACAUCCCCUGGAAACGCCGGCUUGUUCUUCACCUGUGUUUUCGUGGUAUCCGAAUUAAAAUUGAUUUGGGAGACGUUAAAGCAGCAGGGAUUGUAGCUGUGCUUGGUUUGAGUUUUGGACUUGGUUCCUUGCUGUUGUAUCGUCUCUACUAUCGCUACGUUCACACAAAAGAGAGCAUUAAGGCCCGGAAAGAGGAUGAAUUACAGAAUGACGAUGAAUGCCACAUUUAUCUGGAGUCCACCGACGAUAGCAGUCCUAGCAAGAGAGGUAUGGGCAAUGUCCAGUCUUCCCCAGGUGUUGUGGCCAGUGUCCACUACAGCCCAGCAUAUGGGGUGGCCAUUGGCCCAAAGUACACCAACAACAAUGGCCGGCCUCCCUGGGUGAGACAGCGUAAGCUGGGCAGUCCCAGUGAGAAGCAGACAUGUCUUUCUGAUCCACCAAAAUCUCGAGUGAAAUCGUCUAGUGCUAAUGCGGAGAAACAAGUCACUGAUGGAGACAGUGACAUAGGACUUCCAUUUGAAGGUGCUGAGAAAUGGUGUCACGAUGCCAGAACAGCCAAGUCACGGACUGCUCUGAGUCCCUCCCUAAUUGUCAACUGUAGUCCCCAGUCUGUUCAGGAGAAACGCUUUCACUACAGUCAGUCUGAUACGAAAGGCACAAGUGCACCUGGAGGUUAUGGUAUGGACAAGGACUCUGAUGAAAACAAGCUACAUAUACGACUGUUACAGGACAGUAGUGUUUUGUUAACUCCCCCUGAUGAGGAUUGUGUCCCAUAUGUACGAUCUGCCCCACACUCAGACCAGAACUCUGUCAAUGAACAGUCUCUGCUGUUAGACUUCAGUCGUGAAGCCAGCCCGUAUUCUGGUGAGGAGAACUCUUAUGUUGAAUCCCCUAGUCAGGCUGGAUCAUUCAGAAGCUCCAGUAAGAUAAGUGAGUUUGAUGAGAGUGAAGGAGAGUUUGGGGCAACUUCCCCACUACCGCGUCUCUCUAGCCUGGACAGAAGCUUUAAGCACAAUCUGCUGAAACGUUUAACAGAGUGGACGACUCUGUCCCAUGAGCUGGGGUCUAAGUCUGGGUCUGGCUCUGGCUCUGGGUCCAUCUCUCCUGAUGUCAGAUCCACCCCUGAGCGACGCAUGAAGAGGAGUAUUACCAUUGGCAGCACGGGCAGCAUGUCUGGUAUCGAAUCUCCAGUGACAGAGCUCGUUGGCGGAAAUGAUAUCGGUUUACGGACUUCCAAAAAUCUUGAGGAUAUUGAAGAUGAGAUUCACCAAAUUUUCAGCGAAUUUGAUUACCUUAAUUCUAAGCUGAGUGAUUUGAAAUCACGUAACAACACCUCAGGACGCAUCGAGCCAUUGGUGCCCGACGACCCUGAGAUUAUGGGCGAGAUUCAGGACAAUGUAGCAUUGCAGGAAGAGAUAAAGGAGGCGUAUGAGCAUUGGUGUCGGCAGGCCCAGGACCGUGGGCUGAGAGGCCAGAGCCUACCCCCGAUUGACUCCAGUGGCCGACUUUCCUCCAGAGGGGCUAGCUUCAUGGAAAGAGACUUGUCCUGGGAUGCAGGCGACAUCGCUGGCGAUGGCUGCCUAUUUGGGAAACACACCCCAAAUCCCAUGCCCUCUGUUUGGCUAUCUAAAGACGGUGACAGUGUGGAUGUUGUGAACACCCUCUCCACAAUGGGAGAGGAGCUGGAUGACCGUGAGUGGAAGCAGAUAGAGGAGAGCACAACUCGUGGACAGGCUAUGCAGCUGUCAGACAGUCGUAAUACCAGUCGUAGCACAAGCCGUAAGGGCAGCAUCAGCCCUGAGGACUCCAGCAUUACCUAUGAUGCAGAUGUAUCUAGUGCUGACUGGGACACUUCUUCAGAGGCCCAAGGAGCUAGGACUCAAGAAACGAGCAAAAAUCCCCCUAUCCUCUCUGUAGGUGUGAAGAUAGAUAUAAUAAAGUACUCUGAGCAGGAAUGGAAAGGGAAGACCCCAAAGUCUGAGGCUAUCAGAAAGGCACAACAAAAAUGGAAAACUGUGCAAAAGGGUUACCAAGAGGUGACAAGAAGGACUGGGCUCUCGUGUAUGAGGAUCGUCAGGGGAGAUAACUAUUGUGCAAUACGUGCCUCAUUGUUCCAGCUAUUCAACCAGGGAAUACCAGUCAGGCUGUCUCGUGAAAAUGUCCUACAAAAACUGAAGAAAAUGGUGAAUCAGAAUACAGGCGGGAUCAACAGCUGGAACUUUGCUAACAGAAUUCCUGCAAGCAAUAAAUUGUUUGAAAAAAUGUCUACUUGCAUCCAGACAUUUUUCAACAAGGUGACAGAGUGUAGAGAAGAGGCUAGUGAUGAGCAGAGAGAAGCCAUGGUACUGAAGAUGUUCAACUCAGGUGUAGAGGUGGACCUCCAGCUGAUGGAGGCUGUCAAACUGCUGAUGUUCAUACAAGCAGUGGAUCUCUACCGCGACAAUGUGGAGGGCAACCAGGUUGCAACCUUUGUCUGGCUCCUGUUUGCUCGUGAUACAUCAGAGAACCCUCAUCUUCUCCUAUCCAAUCAUAUCAACACAAUCGGGGACUCUGGAGGGCUUGAACAGAUUGAGAUGUGCCUUUUAAGCUAUACUCUGGGUGUUACUAUUCAAGUGUUUCGAUUGGCAGAUUUUGGUAAGGCAGAUUUUGAGGCAACGUUUUCCGGCGAGGAUGAUCACAACAGUAACAAGACAACAACUUUGACCCUGUUAGCAGAGGAUGAUCGACAUUACAACGUCUUGGUAUCUUAGGACAGAAAUGGAGAACCUAUUCCUGUGAGACGUAAUAUACAGGGAUCAGGGAACAUUAUUUAUAAGUCUUUUUUCUCCUUAUUUGCACAGUACUGUUAGCUUGUUGAAUUGGAAUGGAAACAUUUUAUUUUAAUAGAAAUGUAUUAAAACCAAACUUGAAAGAGGCAAUAUUCUUAUUAUAAAAAAAUAUUUGUUUGUUUGUAUGUUUUCUCAGUUAGGUUUUCCCAAAAUCCCUUUGUCUUUACUAGUCAGGAGUUACUAUUUUCAGUUCACAAAGUGUCUGUGGUUCAGACGGGCAAAUGGUGUUUCAGUAUUAAUUCAGUAUACUGUAAACCUCCCACAUGUUUCUCCUUGUGGGUAAUUCUUAUAAAAAUUUGUAGACAACCUUGAGUGCAGUUAUAUGUUUAUAAUUUAUCACAUAAAGAGUUGCUAAAAACAACAGUCUUGAUAUUUACUGACAACUCAAAUGAGCCAGGUUUAAUAUCACCAUCUGCGUUUUUUCAUGUGUGAUCUGUCUAUCUUCUUGUCACAUCACACUGAUGAAAUACAUAACUUUUACAUGUCCACAUAUAUUAGGUAUAGUCAGAAGUGGUGGGAGAGAACAAGACACGCAACAUCACUUUACACUUAAACCACUAUACUCCAGCCUAUAAAGAAGUACAGUGUGGGAAGAGUAUUGAAGACGUCACAUUUAAGAUAUUUAGUGAAAUACACAGCACUAAUAACGGUUUAUUUGCAUUAAUGACACCCUUUAUUUAUUUAAGUCAUGGCUGAUAAAAACUAAUCAAAAUGAUAAAAUUGAGAAGCAAAGUCUCUGUUCAUUGAAGUGUUAUAUUCUUAAAUUAACAGUCACCAAGAAAAUAUAUAUUAAACAAGAUGUUAACAUAAAGUUUCAAACCAAGAAAUUUCACUUGACUUAAAUGUACAUGCGUAAUACAUGUUUGAAACUUUUUAAUAGCCCUCUUUUUAAUAGUAAGUGUUGCAAUGUACCCCAAGAACAUGUGCGUCUAUGUCCACAGUGCUGUGGUGAUCUUCAAAAGGGGUUUUUAAUAACAUCAGUUUUGGGACAUUUGGGCAUAGUCUUCACAGAAAUUAAUCAUGCAAUUAAUUUGUAAAAAAAAAAGUAAUAUUCUUCAAGCCGUCAGAAAAAUGUCUUUUCCUUAUUUGGUUGAGGCUUCGUGACCAGCCAAAAUUUUGUCAUACCAAUGAGAUACCAAUAACUUAAAUCAGGAAACUGUUAAAGUAUGUAUGAAUAGUUACAGAUUUUGUUUCACAUCAGCAUUGUUACACCCACCGUGCUCAUUGCUGCACAUUUAAUGUUUAUUUAAAAGACUGAUGGAGUGAGGUGAACAAGAGAUCAGCAGAGUGUUAGAAAAUUACAUGUACCAUGCAGCACUUUAGCUUUAAAAUGUGUAACUGUUAGCAGAAUUAUGCCUAACUUUUAUUAUUUUAAUUUACAUUUGUGUGGAAAAGUGCUCAGUUUAGUUAAUGUUAGCUAAGAAACAUGUGAUCUGUCUUAUGGGUUGUAAUCUGUUUUCUGCUAUUCUGUGGACUGGUGGUGGUCUAUUUAUAAAGUUAUAGAGGGGUUGCAUGACCUGCUCUUGCCAGCCAUAUUGGAGGACUGUGGAUAUACCAGCCCAUGUUAGCAGGACGCCAGUAUGGCUGACUGUCCAUUGUUCUGUGAGGGUGAUUAUGUCACUGCAACCCCUCUAUAUUCUAGUUUAAGGUUUGGGUGUUUAAAGUGGGCUAUAUAAGCCCUGUUAAUAAAGUCUUGUUUGAUGUAGGUUGUAUGUAUUUCAAGUCUACCACAUCCAUGUGACUUGUGGCCAGUUGAAUGCUCUAGUAACAGUUGUUCCCAAGUUAUGAAAUGUUUUCAAGAUGAUGAUGCGAUUUUGAAUCUCAGUUCUCCAUUGAACCAUAGUAAGAGUGUUAAGAUGGAUGUGAUACACAUUCGCGCAGCCACAUGGCCUAUGUGCAAGUUUUGUAUCAGUUACCUUUUAGUUUACAUUGACAAGGGAGUCCCAAGUUUUACCAGAUUGAAGCAUGGAAAUCAUAGUUUUUCUAGAUAGCUAUCAUACCAAGGAAGAAAACCCCGAUAUGCCCUACUAAAUUACUGCAUUGUGGCCUAAUUUACAUCUAAGCCCUUCUAACUUUGUUUAUACAUGUUUUUGAUGGACGUGGAACAUGAUUUUUCUCAAGCGCUGACUGCCCAACUAAUGUUCGAUGAAGAACUCUCGUUUAGGAUGAGGUUCAAACCUCCAUCAGCUAUCCUCAAAGAUGUUCUCCAUUUUUCGGGUAUGAGUUGAUGCUUAUAUUUGAUUUCGAAUCUUUGAGGAUACUGGUAAAUUCCGUUUAAUAUUCCUUUUCCAUUAGUUUGUAAAUAUCUUAGCGCUCUGUUUUUAGUAUUUACCAUACAAACUGAUAUAUGUGUUACCGGUACUACGUGUU